AAAUAAAAUUCUAAUUAAAAUAAUAUUACGACUAUUGUAAUAAAAAAGAGAUAAAAUUGUAAUAAAAAUAUUGUUAUGAUCAUUCAGGUAAAAAAUGUAAUUCCAAUUAAAAUAAUUUAAGUCCAUUGAUAUAUUGAUAAAUAAAAUGUUGUUUUUCGACUCCUGGAGGAGUUUCCAGUGGACAUUUUCAAUUUAUUAAAAAACCUCGUUAUCUUUCUUGUGACUCAUGCAAUUAGCUCACUCACAGACUAAUGAAUUUUCCGUAAUUACGAUAUAUUACAGCAAAAAAUGGGAGGUGUAAUAUUCUGCAAGGACACGUUUGAAAAAAAAAUGAAACACCUUUUUUUAUAUUUGUUAUCGUUCUCCCACGUUUGUCGCUCCACUAAACAUUUUUUUCUUUAAUAAUUUCUCUCCGCACGCCAAUGCAAAGUGUGCCAACAACAACCCCAUUCGCAAGCCAUAAUACUCACGUUGAAAUGUUGUUUUAAUCUAUCGAUUCACUUCCAUCAUCCGAAAUAGAAGUUUAUUAUUAGAAUUCUAACUUUCUGACAUGUACAAGCGAUUAACCGGUCGAGCUCACAAUGCGAUUGUCACAGAGCCUUCAAAUGCUAAUUAAAAAUUGAUAUAUCAGAUAAAUUAUCACCAGGAGGCGAGUAAAAAUGAAUUUUUUUAAUAAUAAUUUGUCAAAGUUUGAUUCUGUAAUUAAAACGAGAAUAUUUCGUUGAAUUCAAUGGGGCAUUCAUUGAUCAACUUUCAUAAUUAAUUCACAACUCAUAAUUAAUUAAUUGGACUUCAACUGAUCGUUUAAAAUCUAUAAUUGAGUCUGAACAUUUUGCGUAUUAUUUUUCAUCGGACGAUUUUCUAAUAAAAAAUUAUCCCAGCGGUUGAGAUAUCAUUUUUUUGUGGUAAAAAUUUGGGAAAUAUUUUUUUUACGUUAAAAAUUGUAAAUAAAUUCCCCAGUCAAACGAAUAAUGACUCAACUGGACUCUCAUCCUGUAAAAAAUCCAAUAACCAAACGAAAAAAAGUACCAUAAAGACAUCACGCAUAAACUCGCGCCUGCGCGCUCCGUCCCCUUUCCCUCCCGACACUUCACCAACGCCGGGAGCCCAGUGUUUACGUGUAUGCUGGUGUGAGUGCUGCAGUGGGACGUGUCUGAGCAUUUCAGAGAAAAAAACAACCCCCACAUUACUAUUAUCCAUGUCCCAGAGGCUUCUAACGGGUGUUAUAACGUGACUGAACCCUCGAAAUUGAUCGAUUUCACGUCUGAUAACGACUUGUGGAUGAAGUGGAUUAAAUUCGCCUGUGGACGGCGAAAAAAACGUGCGGCCAGGACAUCCAGGGCUUAUUAAAAUUCAAUGCAAGUUUGAUAACAAGAAUUAUGGAACUGAUGAGAACAUGAUGCUCUCAGCUAGACGUACAAUCCAUCAUUCGUUGAGAUUAAAGUGCUGAUUAAUUGGCUAAUUAUUAUGGGGAAGCAAAACGGCUCUUGUUGGUGGUGCGUCAGAGCCUUCAAGUGGAUACCCGUUAUCUUCAUUCUGACUAUCGUAUUCUGGUCUUAUUAUGCCUACGUCGUACAACUCUGUUACUAUACUAUUGAAAGUAAUGUCCAGAAGGCGUUUUAUCUCUUCUUCUUUCAUAUUUUAUUCCUCAUCUUCCUGUGGUCGUAUUGGCAGACUGUUUUUACGGAGUUAGUUCCAAUUCCGGAUAUGUUUAAGGUACCUGCUGUGGAGAUGGAGAAACUCCAUCAGGCGCAGAGUGAAGACGCGCAGUCAGCAAUACUGGAGCGAAUUGCCCAAGAUUUACCUGUUACUAACCGAACCGUCAGAGGAGCCAUCAGAUUCUGCGACAAAUGUCAGCUGAUAAAGCCAGAUCGUACUCAUCACUGCAGUGUUUGUCGUCAGUGUGUCCUGAAGAUGGACCAUCACUGUCCAUGGGUGAAUAAUUGUGUUGCUUAUCACAAUUACAAAUUUUUCAUGCUCUUUCUGAUGUACGCCCUGCUCUACUGCGUAUUCAUCGCCGCCACUUCUCUCCAGUAUUUCAUACAAUUUUGGAAGGUUUGGUUUGGUGAUCAGGGGGAACUGGAUGGAACGAGUAAAUUCCAUUUGCUGUUUCUCUUCUUCGUAUCCCUGGUGUUCGGUGUCAGUCUCAACUCAAUGUUUUUCUACCACUCCUACCUCAUCCUGCACAACAGGUCCACUCUGGAGGCGUUUAGACCUCCGAUGUUUAGAAUGGGCAAGGACAAAGACGGCUUCAGCAUUGGAAAAUACAAUAACUUCCAAGAAGUAUUUGGGGAUAACAGGAAGCUAUGGUGUCUACCUGUUUUUACUAGUCUUGGGGACGGAGUGAUCUAUCCAGUUCGAUCCCAGCAUCAGAGUGGUCUCAGUACGUACAACUCGAUGGGCAGUACUCAAAACAGUUUUGGCGAUGGAAUAACAUUUCCGGAGAGGCUCUGCGACGAAGAUACUCACACACUUCUCGGUGAUAACAGGACUUGAAAUUAUUGUCGAGGAUGUGCUACUUAAUUAUUGCCUCGUUUACAGGUAUUUUAUGUAAAAGUCUGAUUACUUUGUCGAAGAACUUCCUAUGUUGAUCGAGAAAAUCAUUGUUUAGUUUUUUUAGUUGUUCAAUGCAAUAACGAAGGGGUUAAACUAGAUGAAUUGAGUCAUCAAAAUCUUUUGAAGUUGACAGAUUAACAUAUUCGAUUUUUUUAAAUAAUUUGGCAAUAGACAAGUGUAGAGAGGAAUGCAAAUUUUAUUUGAUGGUGAAGCGUGAGAGAGGAUUGACCUUGACUUUCGUUUUUUUUAGCUUUCGAUUUUUAAAAUUAAUUUUAAUCCUAUUUGUUUAGGUUUUCUGAUUACUUUUCAUAAUAAGAAAUUUAAAAACCUUCAUUUUCUCUUCAAUGUAAAGAAUGUAUGUUAGAAAAUUAAAAUGCCAGCAGAUAUCAUUGUUAAUAGAAUUUAAGCAGAAUUCUAACUAAAUUUCAACGCAUCAUUCUGGAAAUGUCAGUAUUUUUUCCAAUAAAAAAUCAGAAAAAUUGUCAUAAGAAAAUCAA